UCCCCCGCCAUGCCGGGUGUCCCAACAGGUCGGGCCUGUGACGCAUGCCGCAAGCAGAAGAAAAAGUGCGAUGAAAAACAACCUGCAUGUGGACGAUGUCUUCGUCUGAAAGUGAGCUGUGUGGGGUCUGGUCAGCAACGAUUCAAGUUUAAACAACAACAAUUUUCCCCCAAAUCAAAUCAAAGCGGUCAGAUGAUUCUCGCUCCGAGAUCGAGAUCGAGAUCAACGGAAGAAGAAAAAUAUUCUGUUGAAUUACCCCGGACAUAUCCCUGCAAUAGUAUGACAUUGUUGAUGAAUUCGUUUGUCGGCGCCAUAAAACGAUCCACGGACCUCCGAUACAAUAUGUGGUGGUCUUUCGGUCUCUUUCUGGAAGAUAUACCCCGACGACUCGGCAGUAACGAAGCACUCGACCGUGCAGUUGACGCGGUUACCACUGCCCACGCAGGCUUCUGCACCCGCCAACCAGUUUCGACUGAAGCACUAGCGAAGUAUUCAUGUGCGCUAAAGACCCUACGAGUUUAUUUAGAUAACCCGCUCCAAGCAAGUGCUUCCAGUACACUAUGUGCCGUGAUGAUACUUUUAGUCUGCCAAACAUUUAUCGGAAAUAAUGGGCAAAUGAUGUCAGGACACGCGCAGGGGGCUGCCAGCAUUCUACACGCACGAAGGAACUUUGGACCACGCGAUGAUUUUGAGCGUAAAUUGUUCCUCUCUUUAAGGGGAAGUCUGUUAUUCGAGGGUUUAUACAACGAUGCUAUCGAUUUGAGCUCCGAGGAGUGGGAUGCCUUAGCCAAGAGUGACUUUGAUCAAGACCAACCCGAUGGUCAGAUUCUGCGAUGUCUAGCGCGAGCCCCGGUCAUAAUGAAACGGGGCAAACAAGCUAUACGCGACGGCGAAGAUUUAACACUCUUGGCGAUGGAAGUCAGACCAAUAUACGAAAAGUGCAAAUUGCUCCUGGGCGAAUUGAAAGCACGAACAGUCGCCUUUGAAACAUCGGAGCUGGAUACUAUGCCACAAGCGUUCAUGGCCCGGAUAUUGCGAGCACAUUAUCUCCGCACCCAUGGAAUUGGUCUUGGGAUCACAACAUUCUUCAAUUGUAUCCUUCAGGCACUGGAUCCCGGUGACUAUACCUGCAGGGUUGAAUCGAGAUCUCUUGUUGGAGAUAUUCUAGUACAUGCCCAAAAGUCCAAUGUGUACAGACCAGUUGGAGCAGGAUACGUGAUAAUGUGUCUGUCAGCAGCAUGGGCCGCUACUUCAGACCCCCAACUGCGGUCUAUGGUAGAAGUCGCAUUGAUUGACUACCACGGUGAUUUUUUGAACCAUACUUGUGUGAAUAUACCCCGAGAGCUGGAACGGGCGAGCGAGAACUUAUGGCUCGGAAGGACUGCUCAUGUCAAUGUAAUUUUUAGCCCCUGA